ACUGCAGCUGCCGGGUGCACAGAAGUCCCUGAGCCAAGACCCUGUAUCUCUUCAACAUGUUCCCCAGACUUGUCUUUCUUGCGGUUUUUCUCGCCUGUUCUGUCCAGAGCGCACCCCGUCAACCUUACUACUAUGGCCAGGCUGGUCCGAGACAAGGGUACGGUGGUGCCAAUAGCCUAGAGCAGCCCUCAGUACCGAAGGAAAUCAAGCCAAACUUCUACGAACGCGCCGUGUUCCGUCAGCCUCUGUCGGACAGAAUGGUAGAGCCCGGACGCAGUACCACUUUCAUCUGCAAGGUGCGCGACAUGGCCGGCAACUCUCUGGUCUGGGAGAAGGACGGGCGGGUUCUGUUCGUGGACAACUACAGGGUGACGUGGAGCGGGAAGCUGCACGCUGCCAAGCGGCGGGGGGAAUAUCUGCUGCGGGUCUUCCACGUCAGCAAGGAGGAGGAGGGCAACUACACAUGCGUGGUCAACAGCGACCCCCCGCAGAGGUCCACAGGGCAGCUCAAAGUUGACGGCUUCCUGUGCCCCCGCCGGCGCAGUGGGAUGUUCCCGGACCCUAAGGACUGUUCCCGGUACUACAUGUGUACAGCGGGCGGGGUGAAGGGCGAGCGGGGGUACUGUCCGGCCGGGCUGGUCUUUGAUGCCGGCAGGAAGGUCUGCGACAAACCGGCGAUCGUUCCACGGCCUUGCGGGCUCAGUUACCACGGAGAAAAAACGGGGCCAAAAUCAGGCUGGUACCUGUGAACACGGACGGUGCCGGGGGAACGAGGGAGGAAGGAAAUUCACCCUGGAAACGAGAGCGUGAGCCCCUAUCGCCGCCAUCUUGACUUAUAGAAGCAUACACUAAUACAGUGUACAACACUGACCAAGGAGGUUGUAUGGGAGAUACCAUCCUUAAAGUGACAAAUAUUUUGUUGUGUAAAGUUUCAAACUAUCACAAAUGGACAGUUUACAAUAUCAGAAUGUUAUAUAUUCACAGAACAUUUUCGAACAUGUCGGAUAUUAUGAUGUUAGUCCUGACUUUCAUUGUAGUAUUAAAGAUAUCAAUACUAUUUUCAUUUCAGUCAUAUAUAUGGCGAUUUGUAGGUUUAAUAAUCAUAAUGGCUUAUAGAUAGGGGCUCAUCGCUAAGUGUGGAAAUAUCUUAAGUGUGUAUAGACUGUCGUUCUUCCAAAGUUCUUUUAAUGUAAAUAGCAUAUACCAUAUACAUUGUACUACUUUCUAACUAGCAUUUAAAUUACCAGUAUUUUGAGUAUUUCGUACAUGCAGAAACAAGGUUUUAACCGUAUAUACGUAGUAUUUAUUCGUAUUGAUGCUAUUUUAACUUACCCUAAAGAACGUUGGUGCUAAAGGACGGAAUGUCUAGUUUAAAACGUUCUUGAUAUAGUUGUUGGUAUAUUGUAAUAUGGUAAAUCAGAUAUACACUACCAAUAUUGUCAUUGGGCCGCGUAUGGCUCGCAAAUUUCUGUUUGUCGUUUUAGCUAGGGUCAUAUUAGGCCACAGCAAGUAAAUUUCAUGGAUGACAUCAGCGCGCGCAUUAAUUUUCGCCUGCUUUUGGGAAA